AGGUUUGUUCAUAACAUUCAUUAUACACAAUACAAUCUUAGACUGAACUUCUUACUGUGUAGCUCUUUCUCUCUAUCUCUAGGUUUUGUAUCAUACACAAUGUUUAAAAUGUCAGAACAGUACUUUUCUCAUAAAAAAAUGUCAUAUGCAAGAACGGGUGACACUUGUAAUUUCUGCAGUGCCAUAUAAAACCAUGUUUUUGACAAUUCGUUAGCCAAUUUUACUACACCAGUAUUUCAUCCUCAUUCUGCAUAAUUUGAACCUGUUGAAUGUUAAUGUUAAGUGCAUGGCCUUGUAAAACAUAUCAUCAUGAAGGCCAUGAACAGUACCCAGUAAUGCCUUAUACUGUUAGAAGGCUCAGAUUUUGUGCUUUUUUUAUUAGGUAUUCAUUAUUUGUGAUUUUAUGCAUUUUUUGCAGUAGUAUGCACUGCUAUAAUCCGCCACAGUUCACGUGUCAUAAUACCGAUAAAAACACAGAAAUGGUUCCAAUGGUUUUCCUGCCAUUCAUUUUUCACAUUAUGAAUAAAUAAAAAAGUAUAAUUAAUUGUGUUUGGUGUAGGUUAACCUUGGCAUGACGUUUUAAUAGCCGUGUAAUUCUCAGACAAUGUGAGUUUUAUCAAUUAAUUCGCCUCAAUUUACUCUCAAAAAUUCGCAAUGCUAAUUAUUGAUGAAAGUUACCUUGUCAGAGAGAGAUUUGCGUGGUUAUCGAAAUGUCAUGCCAGGGUAAUCCUGGCAUGCCUGAGUUUACAUGGCACACAAGGUAUUCACACAGUCACGUACACACAGUAUUCACAUGCAUGCCUGGAUGGCUUGCAGGUAAAUGGAGGGAGAAUACAGUAAAGAGUGUAUAUUGCGCUUGUUAAUAUGAUGCUGUGCAUUUAAUCUCUGUUUGUGUGUGUGUGGUGUGUAGAGCGUGGGGCUGCGGAACAGGUGGCAGUGAGUGGUGUAUUACCUACUCUGGCUCAAGCCCUUAGGAGGAGAGGACCGCUUACUUUAAUGACUGCUAAACUGGAGUCAGAACUGGCCAGAGAAACGGUGAUCAGGGAGAGGUGUGGUGAGACAGGGGUGUCAUCUGCUCUGCUGUCUGUGCUGCUCUCCAGGGAUCAGGAGCUGCUGAUACACGCUGGCCGCGCUAUCGCUCGUAUCUGCUACGAGAGCCGGUGUCAACAGGAGCAGUUGUUGCGUUUGGGGGCGGUCCCUAGGCUGGUCGGAAUCCUGCUGGGUUUUAAAAGCAACCAGCCUCUGGAGGGUGUGUGUCUUGUGGCCCUGUGUAACCUAGGUGACAUGGGAGAGGGGGGGGAGGAUGGAGGUAUAUCGUGGGAGAGAGGCGUGUCGCUAUGCCCCGAGGAGUCUGUGUUUCGUGGCGUGACUUGUCACUCCUGCGGCUUUGGCUCCAUGGUUACAGUCGUCAGACUGACCCAGUGGUCGCCCGGGCAACACACCGUCAGCAUCGAGGUGUUAUCCCGUUACUCCAUCGGGUUCUGGAGAAUGCAUAACAACCGCCGGACAGUGCGACGUUCGCCACUCUCUCACCUGGGAACGUGUCCUAGGUUCUACAAAGCCAUCAAGUACUCCGUCCAGAACAUUCCCAACAGUAGAAGCCUCAAGUCACUGAUCUUCCACAUCUUCCUUUGAGAGGGGAAUGGACUACAAACAUGGCAGCAUAUUAUGGACUACAAACAUGGCAGCAUAUCAUGGU